AUGUGUUUUUUUUGGCAAGCUCAAUAUUUUGUAUCGCCGAUCGUUAACUCUCGAAAGUCUGAAUCCAGUCUCGUCAUCGCCACCCAUCGAGUCCUGACUCCCUACCUUCAAGCAACAUUGAACUUUGAUGAUAAAGACCUCACAGGACCUCACGUAAAAAAAGAAAUUCUUCAAUUGUCCAGAUCUUCAAAUGUCAAAUUUACGUCUUUAGCUAGUUUUAUCAACUCGGUUGUCAUCAUGAUGAUAUCAAAGUACUUACAUUUGAAAUCCAAUGUGACAGAUUUAAGUGACCAACGUUGUAACAGAGAUCCACUUCCACGAAUCCUAUCAAACAGCUCAGAAAUUCCUUCGCAAAGUCAUAUACGCAUACUAGAUCAAGCUAUGGAAAGAAAUUAUCAUCAUAAUGAAGCAAGCCAUGCUGGACGUUCUAGUAAAAGAAUUAAAACAGAUUCAAUAGAUAAUCAGAAAAGAGAAAUUGAAGGAGUUUAUCAUCAUAGGAAAAGUGUUGUAGUAGGAGAAAAAGAACAAGAAGAAGAAGAUGAUAAUUAUCAUCAUUCUUCUUCUUCUAGAAAUAAAUCUUUUGAACAAUUUCAUCAAUCUGGUAGUGCUAGUGGUAGUACUAGUCAACAUCAUCUAAUUGAAACCCCUCGUUCUCAGGUAGAACGUAAUUCAGAAUUUAAUAUCAUUGCUAGUAAAUUUAAUAUCAAUUCAUCAGAUUUACAAAACCUAUUACAAAUCUUUCAAGAAUCGAUUCCAGAAACACGUCAAUUUGCAAUCACUUGUAUGUUGAUUAGUAAAUUUCAAGAUUUAGAACGUUUGAUUAUACCCAAUCAUACUGGAGUAACAUUAAAUCUUGGAAAAGGAUCAAAUUGGAAAGGAGCUGAUCCAGUAAGAUCACUUAUUAGAGAAAAAUUAAGAAAGUUUUUAUUAGAAUCUGAAACUCAAGCUUAUAGUACGAAUGAAACAGUUGAUCAUAACCCGAUCAAUGGAUCAUUAGAGCAUCGAAUGAUUGAUUCACUUCAUUCAGAAUCUAAAGAAUUUCAAGAAUCAAACUUACCACCUGGAUUUCAAACUUUUAAAGUUGAUGCAGAGUUAUCAGUCAUGAAAGUGAUUAAAGAAAUCGCAAAAGCAGAAAGAUGUAAAUUUCAAAGUAGAAUUCUUUCUCAAAUUAAAAAUCCUACUCAAGAUCAACCUGUACCUGAUCUAAGAUCAUUAGUUGCAUUAAUAAUACGAUCCAAUAGUAGAAGUGAACGUCGUUCAAAUGAUGAAAUAUGGAAUGAUACUCCAUCUGAUGAUAAAAUGAGAUAUGCACAUUUGAGACUUGAAGGUGCUAUCUUUCAUAUUGGUGAUGCAAAAGAUGUGACCUUGAUCAAAAGUAAAAUCGAACGUGAAAGAUCAAUGUGGGAUCCAGUUGAUGAUAGAUUAGCAUGGAUUAGGUCCUUAAAUGAAACUGAAAGAAACAUUUUUGAAAAAUUAAUCAUUCAUUUAGAUCAACUCAUCUUUAAUGGAUCUCGUACAUUUGAUACAAUCAAACGUCAACAUACCAUUCAUUUACCAUCUCCUAUCGAAUUUCAAACUUCUUUAAAUGAUCAUCAUUUUGAUUACUUAAAUUCAGUUCAAACUGAUCUUUCUUGA